AUGUCAAAAAGCACCUUGGGGCGAGGUGAAGUGACGAUGGGAAUGAAAUCCGGAUCGUCUUUAUUCUUGUCUAAUGUUCUUAUAAGGAUCGGUAGUCCACGGAUUAAAACGUAUACGAAGAGGUCGAAAUUCUCCUGCAUAUGUAGGAGAAAGACACCGGCAUCAAAAAACAUCGGCAAAGCAAGCAAUUACCAUAAAUUUGAAGAGCUUUAUAGAUCAAUUGCCAAUAAAUUUAACUGGCACAGCCCAGAAUCUAACAAGGGUUGGCUGAAUGAGAGAGAGCAAAGAUUUCCUGCAUAUAAUGGUAUAGACAGAAGUUACAGUGUUACCUUCGGUAAAAUUGGACCGAUUGAUGAGGACGAGCCUUGUGACUUCCAUGAGCAUGUCAUCAUGAAGAGUGAGAUCUUAAUGCCAAGAAGCAGAAGCCAUGCUGUCACAAGAGGAAACAUGUAUUAUUAG